AUGAUAUUAUAUCAUGGUACAUCAAAAGUUAUAUCUAAUAGAUUAUAUUUAUCUGAUCUAUCAUUAAAACGUACUUCAUCUCGAUCAACAACGACAACAGCCUCGAAUUAUACAAAAUUAGUUGAUACACAGCGUGAAAAACUUCUUAAACAGUUUGGUUCUUCAGGGUUAGUUGUAUUGGAUUUAGUUACAUAUGUUCCUGUUGGUUCUGCAAUAUCCAUCGAUAACUAUUUUGCAUCAACUAAAUUAAUAAAAAAAUUAACUCAACUUCGUUAUAGAGUUACCAGUACGUUACGAUCGAAUCGAACAGAAAAAUGUCCGAUAUCAACAGAAAAAGAAUUUGCAGAGAAGAAGAGAGGUUCUAAUCAUACGGGUAUAAAACCAACUACAACAUUACAAUGUUGGAAUAAAGAAAAACAACUUAAAGUUGAUACUAUAGCACCUCAAAUUAUCAAUCAAUAUAAUAAAUUCAUGUGA